CUUCUAUCGGUUCCACGAAUUCUAGUUGAGUAACGUUGGUAUGACUGUAAGCUAGAGAUAUAAAACGUAUUGUUGGUACCUGUUCUUGUGAAUUACAAUAUACCGUAUUACAAGUAGAGUUAGUAGUUUCUUUUUCUUCUCUCACCAAGGAUUUGAAGACUAUUCACCUUUCGAGAUGGGUAAAAUUUUCGGUAACCUCGCCAAAAUCCGAGGGAUUGUUUAUUACCGUCUCAGUCCUUACGAACAGAAAGCCUUUGCUGGUGCCCUAGAUCAUGGUGUACCGAAUAUGGUACGGAGAUUCCGUGAGAACAUAUUCCGCGUUGGGCCAUGUUUUCUCGUCUCGUACCUGGUAUACAGCUGGGCGGAGGACGACUUCGCACGUCGCCAGAGGAAGAAUCCUAAGGACUAUGAAAAUGAUGUAUAAAUAAUUUAAACUCUAGCAAUUAUAGUUUAUUUAUAGGAUUGUUCACAAGCUGAACUCUGUACAGAAUAUCAUAUAAUGGAUGCGUAUGUACAACAUCUUGUAACAUGUAUGCUUCACGAAUAAAUUCAGUGGAUUGUGAAAAAAA